CACUAACCUAGAUGGCUUGAAAAGAGGAUUGGGCAAAUUCAUAGGGAGGUUAAAGGCUCUCUGUGGCCCCCAGUCCCAAUGGCUGCGCUUGUCUCCACAGCUGGAGGCAGCGAAGCUUCUGAGACCGCGGGAGAGGAGAGCUGCUCUUCUGCCUGAGUCUACUUGCGGGUUUCCCAUUGAGGCCUCUGCUUGGCCUCUGGGAGAACAGGAUGCUGGACUGGGGUGUGGAUGGGCCUGAUCCAGCAGCAGCCUCUUUGUCCGUCCUUCUGUCUUUGAGGGUGGCCUGUGGUCAGGGCUGCGCUGGGGAAAGUCUGCUCGGAUCAGGCCGGUGGCCCCUCGCCGCCUCCUCUUUCUCUUUCUCUCCCAGAGCUGGGUUUGAGCUGGUCCCUCUUUGCUCUUAAGCGAAGGCGGCCCUCGGGGGAGGAGGAGAUCAAGGACGGCGUCCCGGAGCCCAGCAGGCGGGGUGUGGGGCUCAGGGAGGCGGCAGCCCCCUCCUCAGUCGCUCCCACCCAGCCAGCCCCCAAACGCCCACUCUCCUCCUCCCUCCCUCCGUCCUCCUCUUUCUGUUCCAGAAAGGCGAAUUCAGGAACCUGUGACGCUUCCCCCCUUUGCUGAUUCAUUGGUUUGGGGAGUUUAAAUACAGGGAGGAGCGCGCCAGAGAGCCGGAGAAGCAGCCCCAGCCCGGGACGGGGAGCGCAUCCUGCUCAGCCUCUGCAGCCGCCUGAGGAACCACCGCCGGACUCCGCCCUCCUCCUCCAGCAGGCCCCAUGGAUCCCAGAGGCCAUGCCCCUCUUCUGCUGCUGGCAGGCUGCCUGGCGCUGGCCCUGGCGUGGGCUCAGUGCCCCAAGGAGUGCGCCUGCUCCCGGACGGCACAGGUGGAGUGCUCGGGACCCCACAUCUCGGCCAUGCCCGGUCCCCUGCCCGCCAACGCCAUGAGCCUGCAGGUGAUUGGCACCCAGCUGACGGAACUGGGGGCGGGGGCCUUUGGCAACGCCUCUCUGCUCAUCGCCCUGCGGAUGGAGAAGAACAGCCUGGCGCGCCUGGACCCGGACACCUUCCGGGGCUUGCUCUCCCUCCGCUACCUGAGCCUCUCCAGCAACCGCCUCCAGGAGCUGCCCGCCGGUGUCUUCCGCAGCCUGGACAAACUGGAGUCGCUGCUGCUCUCGGGGAACCAGCUCCUGCGCCUGCACCCGGCGCACUUCAGCGGCCUGGGCGCCCUCAAGGAACUCCAGCUGCACGGCAACAGCCUGGCGUCCGUCCCUCCGGGGGCCUUUGACCACCUGCCCUCCCUCCUCAAGCUCAACCUGGCCAAGAACCGCUUCUCCCGCCUCCCGCCCGCCCUCUUCGCCCACCUGGGCCGCCUGCAGGUGCUGCGCCUCUAUGAGAACCAGCUGGCCGAGGUGGCCCCCCGCGCCUUCGCCGCCCUCCCGGACCUGCAGGAGCUGGGCUUGCACCAGAACAGGAUCCGGCGCCUGCCCGACGGGCUCCUCUCGGCCAACCGCCGGCUGCAGAAGCUCCACCUGUCCAACAACCGCCUGGAGACCCUCCCGCGGGGGCUGCUCCUGGAGCUUCCGGAGCUCUCCCGCCUCUCGCUCUUCGGCAACGCACUCCGGGAGCUCCUGCCGGCCACUUUUGGCCCCAUGCCGCGGCUGAAGGAGCUGUGGCUCUACGACAACCAGCUGGCCCAGCUGCCCGCCGGGGUCUUUGCCAACCUGACGGAGCUGCAGCUGCUGGUGCUGAGCAGGAACCGGCUGCGCUCCGUCUCCCCGCUGGCCUUUGAGGGGCUGGGGGAGCUGCUGGAGGUCUCCUUGCACACCAACCAGCUCCGCACCCUCGAAGGGGAGACGUUCCGGGGUCUGGGCAAGCUGCAGAACGUCUCCCUGCAGAACAACCGGCUGGUCUCCCUGCCAGAGCACCUCUUCCGCAGCACGCCACACCUGGUGAACCUCCAGCUGCAGAACAACUCGCUGGAGAGCCUCCCAGCAGGCAUCUUUGAGCAGCUGCCCCACCUGAGGGAGGUCAAGAUGCACGACAACCCCUGGCGCUGCGACGAUGCCCUGCUGGCCCUCGGGCGCUGGCUGAGGGAGAACGGUGCCCGCCUGGGGGGCAGCCGCCCUGUCUGCGCCUGGCCUCCCCCCUUGCAGGGGCAGCCCAUUGCCGAACUGGAGGAGGAGCACUUUGGUCUGGCACAGAGCCCAGAGGCCACCGAGGGGCCCACGAUGGCCACCUCCGGCCAGGUGGAGGUCCCUGACCAGGACACGAGCCCAGAGACCGUGAUGCCCACGCGUGCCCAGCCGCCCCUGGACCACGAAGGCGGCAGCGCAGAGGCAGAGCAGGAGUUUUCCACGGCAGCCCCCAGGGUGCUCACCCCAGGCGUUGCGCCGGCCGAGGGGGGCAUCUGGGGCUUGACGCGCACCCAGACGGGGGUGGUGGUCACCUGCCUGGUGGUGGGCUCUGCCUUGCUCCUGGGGACGCUGCUGGCGGCAGCUGUCUAUGGGUACAGGAGGAAGGCCCGCCAGGACCUCGCCAAGGGCAAAUGGGUGGCCGUCGGGCACUUCCUGCUGCUUUGCCUCUCGGCCCUGGCACAGCCCGGUGGCCCCGCGGUUCCCUGCCCGGCUCUGUGCCAGUGCUUUGGGAACCUGACCGUCUUCUGCUCGGAUGAAGGUCUGGAGGACAUCCCCGAGGGGGUCCCCGCCAGCGCCACCCAGCUCUUCUUCGUGGGAGCCCCCCUGUUCUCGCUUCAGAGCGGGGCUUUCGCCAACAGAACCGGCAGCCGCCGCCUCGCCAAACUGGCCUUCCUGGGCAGCCCCCUCGAGUCUCUGGGACGCGCGGCCUUCGAGGGGCUGCCGGAGCUCCGGGAGCUGGAGAUCUCGUCCAGCCAGCUGAGCGCUCUGAGCGGAGAGGCCUUUCUGGGCUUGGCCAACCUCAGCACCCUCGCCGUCAAGUUCAGCCCCAUCAAAAGCCUGGAGACGGAGCUGUUCAGCAACACGCCGCGCCUAGAAGCCCUCCACCUCCAGGGGAACGAGGUCGGGUCUCUGCCCCAGGACGUCUUCCGCCCGCUGUCAUCCCUCAAGACCCUCACCUUGUCCCAAAACCACCUCGCGGAGCUGCUCGCGGAGGUCUUCGGCCCGCUUUCGGCCCUGCGGGUGCUGAAGCUGAGCGACAACCGCCUGGCUGGCCUCUCCGCCGGCCUCUUCGGCCCCCUGGGAGAGCUCCGGGAGCUCUUCUUGGACGGCAACGCCCUGGCAGAGCUGCCCCCGGGCACCUUCGCCCCGCUGAGCGCCCUGACGCGCCUCCACCUCCAGCACAACGCCCUGGAGCGCCUGCCAGCCGCCGUCUUCUCCGCCCAGCGCAACCUCACCUUCCUCUACCUGGACGGCAACCGCUUGGCGGAGCUGCCCGACGGGCUCUUCCAGGGCACCCCUCACCUCGCCGAGCUCUCCCUGGCGGGCAACCGUCUCCAGAGCAUCCCCGAGGGGCUGUUUGGCAACCUGGGCAGCCUGGCCUUCCUGGGGCUAUCGCACAACCGCCUCGCCCACCUGCCCGCCGGGGUCUUCCAGGGCCUGAGCGCCCUUGCCAGGCUGCAGCUGAGCCACAACAACCUCACCGCCCUGCUGAGGGGCGUCUUCGCCAACCUCACCACCCUGGAGGCCUUGGACCUCUCCCACAACCAGCUGGCCACCCUGUCGGAGGGGGUCUUCGAGGGCAACGUCAUCCUGGCCAACGUGGCCCUGAAGGGCAACCCCUGGACGUGCGACUGCCACCUGGCCCCCUUGAAAGACUGGCUCCAGGACACGGACCCCCUGAUCAACGCGCGGGCCUUGUGCAGGAGCCCGGCUCACCUGCAGGGGCUGAGCCUGCCGGCCGUGCAGAAAGAGCAGCUGGUCUGUCGGCGGGGCCCCGCGCCCUCCCGGUGCCGGGCGGAGCCGGGGGUGGAGGAGACCUCCGCGGAACCCAGCGCCCGCCCUCCCUGCACCUACCAGGAUCCGGCAGGGGCCAUCCACCUGGCGUGCGACCGCGACGCUUGCCGCCAGCUUAGCCUGAGUCUCCCGCCAGGAGAGAGCCUGCAGGAGGCAGGGCAGAGUUUCAGCAAGGGCUGGAUCCUGGACUCGGGCUGCGGCGCCGUGAAGGUCCAGGUGGCCGUGAGCAUUGAGCCCCUGCCCGGAGGGGAGGCAGUGGCAGCCCCCUCGGAAGCCCCCUGAGGCCAGCAUCCCCUGCCCUGCCAGUGUGGCCCGGAGAGCGGGGGGGGGGCCCUCCGGAGAGAGGGGGCUCAUGGGGAUGAGGGAGACCUACACUGCAGGGCUGUCGUCAGGACGUGCUUGGUAUCAUCACAGACGCUAACAGAAACAGAAACAGAAGCCUUUGUGACCCAAAUCAGGCUUUGUCUGUGUAGAUUUAUAUGCGGGUCUCCCCAGGAUCCCAAAGGACACCCAGUGGGGAUUCUGAAAGCAUGGAUCCACUGCCUCCCAGGGCAGGGUGGGGGUGUAGGUCUUGUAGGAUUUGCUGCCUGAAGCAGCAAUUUAUAUAUUCUGUCACUUUCAUUUCGUAUAAUAAACCAAGCUUUCUUUAUUCCUUUUGUGUGGGAACUUCUUGUGGGCAUGGGGUAAGGGUAAGCACACAUUCAUAACUGGGCAUAGGUUAUAACUCUAGCAAUAAUAAUAAUAAUAAUAA